AUGGCUCAUGUGGACGAGGCCGCCCGCCGGUUGUCCAAGUCUGGGUCAACCCUCUAUGCAGUGCUGGAGCUUAAGAAGGGCGCCUCACCUGAAGACGUCAAGAAGGCCUACAGGUUCAGACAUCAGCCCCUUAUUGCCCACCCUUCUUUUGGGUAUUGCCUGGCUAGGAGACUGGCCUUAAAGUAUCAUCCAGACAAGAAUCCAGGGGACGCUCAAGCAGCAGAAAUCUUCAAGGAGAUCAACACAGCCCACUCCGUACUGAGUGACCCUAAGAAGCGGAAAAUUUAUGACCGGCAUGGCUCAUUGGGGAUAUAUAUAUACGAUCACUUUGGCGAAGAAGGAGUCACAUACUAUUUUACGAUGAAUAGUUGUUGGUUCAAGACGCUUAUCCUCCUGUGUGCUCUGCUCACCUGUUGCUGUUGCUGCUGCUGCUGCUGCUUUUGCUGUGGAACACUGAAGCCACCACCUGAGGAAGCGACUAACAAAAAAUAUGCGUCAAAUGUCCAGCAUCAGCCUCCAAGGUCAGGACGCAGAGAACAUUUUAGAAGAGAGGAAGAUGGUUCUAGUGAUGAUAAUUAGUAAAAGAUGAAGAAGAGUGAGGUAUGAAAACUGAAACGCAGCAAUAAUUAAAGGAUGCUGACCCAAUGAGGGUGCCUUCUGCUGCCCAGUCCACUGGACUCGGUGAAGAGAGGAGCAAGUAGCCCUGUCCUAACAUUGACCCUGAUUUGCCCCUUCUACGUGUAAGACUUUCGUCUUCAGAAGCAUUGAUGGCCUCCAUCUCAGUGAGGACGCCAUCUUUGUCCUUGAUGCUGUCACUGAC